CCCGAAGCCAAGAUGGCAGAUCCAUGAUGAGUUGGUAAGUUGGAACAAGAUACAAAUUCAUAUAAAGCUGUUGAUGACUUCAAGCCUAGAGGAUUCUAGUGGAUGAUUUAAUCUAUAAAGAGCCUUGGACAAAGCAAUAUGAAUUUAGAAGAUACUGAACACAGCGACCCGCCUGAAUGGUUGAGAGUUGCUGCAAAUCAAUUGGGGAAUAAAAAGAGAGAUGUUGCAAGAGCAUUGAACUUGCCCAAUGCAACAAUUGAGGAUAUAGAGCAAGACUGCCGUGGAAAUGCUCAGGAAUGCAGUUACAAACUUUUGGAAGCAUGGUACAAGAACUGUUCUAUUGAUGAUAAACUAAAUGCCUUCAGGAGAGCCCUCUGCAAAUGUGAUCUAAAAGAUCUCGCAAACCGUCUUUCGCCAAGACAGAGAAUGCCAUCAGGUUCCAUAAAACCCAUCUCUAACAUUACCCCUAAUGUAAAGGACUACAAGGAUACACAGGACCUGAAACGAUGCAUGGAGCACAUGGAACAGACAAAGUUUGUGGCUCUAACAGGUUUAAGUGGAAGUGGAAAAACAGAAAUAGCUAAAGCUUAUUGGAAUAGGAAAAAAGACCUGUAUGACGUUGGCUGGUUAAUUCCUAGUGAAUCAGACCAAGAAUUACGGAACUCGCUUCUGUUAUUUCAAGAACGUUUGAAAUCAUUCACUGUUGAUCCAAACCAGGAUCUACCGGACAUGUUAUCGCAGGUCAAUUCAGAGAUCAAACGUGAUGCUAAUAGAAAGUUUUUAUUGAUCUUUGAUGAUGUUACAGACUCUACUCAAUAUGUGAUCCAACAAGGCUUUCCACCUUCUGAGAACAUCUCUGUUAUCAUAACGACUCAAACGUCACAUCCGUAUGCCAUCAAGGAAUCCAUACAACCAAUUAAUGGCUUCACUGAGGAUGAGGUAUUGCAGUUUCUGGAAGAACUCCAAGAUAGAAGAGAGAUGAAGAUAAAAUUAUGGGAGGAGAUGAGUCACCUUCCUAGUGCCCUAGCCUGUGCCAAAUUCGACAUCAAUAAACUGAAAAGGGACAUUGAUCAUUAUCUUAAAGGCAUCAAGCAUAAGCAGGUGUAUCGAAUGAUGGAAAGAAGAGACAGAGGCAUACUUGGUAACAGCUAUAAGAAAACACCUAUUGAAGCCCAUGUCCAGAAUGUUCGAACAAUGUUAGAUGAACUGAAAGCUGAUGGUUUGCCCAAACUCUGUAUGGUAUUCAAAGCGAUGGCAUUCUUUGACUCUAAAGCCAUACCUGUCUUCAUCUUGGAGGAUAUAUUGAGGCUCGUUGAUCCCGAUGCAGAUAUGCCAGUUGAAAGUAUGAUAGAUGAACUUCUUAACAAGAUGAUAAAUCGUUCCUAUGUGACCAUAUUCCUUGAGGAUGGUGAUAUGAAACAUCGCUUAGUGGACACCCAUGAUCUAGUACAGCUUGCAACACGCUUCGAAGUUCAAGAGACAUCAGACCACCUAAAGUCCCUUGAGAUCUUGAUGAGAGUCCUACUAUGCUACUUCGCCAAGGAUACAAGAUAUAUGUCAUACUUCAAGAUUAACACACUGCUGAUGCCUCACGUGGAAAUGGUGUUGGAGCAUGUGCACAAGCUGGACCUUUCAUUCGAGAUGAAAAUAAUGGAGAUUGCAAUGUUCGACAUACUGGGAUAUUCACACACUCAAAGUGGGUCAAGAGAGGUAGCAGAACAGAAGUUACAGACUGGUGUGGAUCUGGUCUAUAAGUCUCUGAACAUGGAGGAGGCAGAUGUGGAUAGAGACAUCUCAAUCAAAUUGAGACGUAGAAGUACAGGCAUGCAAUCAGAGAUGCGGGUGGACGACAACCAAGUGACAGACCCAGAUGAAUUUGCUCAUGAAAAGGCAUUAUUCAUGUACGAGAAACUUGAAACUGUAUGUGAUAGAGUUAGUAACAAAUUUGUGGCCAAUACAGUCUUAAAUGCAGAUGAUGUCGCUCAGAUGAAACAGAAAAUUUCGAAAGAUAAGAAAUUCCCAAAGCUUCUAUCACAGGACAGAAUUGAUAGGAAAAUCUAUGAUGAACUCGUGCAGUUGGGGUGUUGCGUACCAGAAGAAAAGAUCAAGAGUAUCUACCUUCCAGAGCUCUAUGCAUCAGUAUUCUACACAUAUGGGCGUAUGUACUUCUACAACAAGGAUAAAUACCAGAGAAAUACAAUGAAUACCAACAUGCUGAUAUCUGCAAUACGUCUCUCUUCAGCCUUAUGCAAGGUCAUUGAGGAAAAAACUGGAGUUGUAGUGUUCCAUAGCAUUCUUACUAAGCGCAAUGCUCUCUUCUACCUGUUAUCAGAAAACAAAAAUGAAAUGGGCAAAGAAAAAUCUUCUGAGGAAAUGCUGAGAAAUUUGUAUCAGGGCCAAAGGGAAUAUGAAAAUCUUAGUAAACUUACAGAUAACAAUGACUGGUACCAGCAUGGCAUCCUGAAAGUCACUAAGAAUGACCGACACCAUAAGUGUGUGUGCACAGAAAAGGUUGUUUUCAUAAGUACUCGUAUUUUGAAAAUGGAGAAAGAUCCCACUAAAAGGGAAGAGGUUAUAAAGAAAGGUCUCGGAAAGAUCAAGAUUUUACAAGAUGAAGUGGACCUUCAAGAGCAGGGUUCUGGGCCAGGACGUACACUUCACAGAGGAUCUGACUUCUAUGUCGUGAGUGCCGAGUUUUAUGAAGCAGCUGGUGAAAAGUAUAUGCAGGAGGCACAUGAUAAUUACAAGAAAGCCACUGGGAGGUUUAAGGCCACAAACUGUAGCCAGUGGAAGAAAUAUGGGAAGGCAUGCGAAGGCCAAAUGAGAACAGCAAAAGCUCUGAAUAUGAAGGAUGUCCUGAAAAAGGCGAAAGAAGAGGGUGACACUUACAAUCUUAAAGCUCCGGCAGAUGCACCAUACAAACAAAACAUUAGUACUCUAACUGCUGAACUUGAAGCGCAAAUGAAAUCACUGAGUAUAGACUCUAGCGAACUUGACAUGGAGUGAUUUGUUAAAUGAACAUGUAUAUAAGAUAUAAAUAUAUAUGCAAAGUUUGACUGAUAUGUAAACAGUGAUGGGUGCCUCGGUUUAACAGCUUAGUGAGCACCCUACAGUGUACAUGUAUACAUACUCUGAUUAUAUCUAAUGCUACACUAUAAAUCUAAUGUUACCAGUUAAGUAAAAUAUCAUGAACAGUUUUACUGUGUCACCACCACAAAUGGUGACAUAUUGUUAUAG